GAGGAAAUCCUUCCAGGGCCCACUGGCUGAAAUAGUUCACCUUAGAGACUCAAUUUGCCUGGAUACUUGCUGUCAAAGCUUGGCCAGGUCAAUGAAAUCUACCACGAUGAGUCUUUGGGGGCCCACAUCAACAUGGUGCUGGUGCGGAUCAUCCUGUUGAGCCAUGGGAAGUCCAUGAGCCUCAUUGAGAUCGGGAACCCUUCCCAGAGCCUGGAGAAUGUCUGCCACUGGGCCUACCUGCAGCAGAAGCCAGACACAGACCACGACGAGUAUCACGAUCAUGCAAUUUUCCUCACUCGGCAGGACUUCGGGCUGUCAGGCAUGCAAGCAUUGCUUUAAGGGACACUGCAUCUGGCUGACACCUGACAUCCUCAAACAGGAUGGCAACUGGGGCGCCUGGACCCCAUUCGGCUCUUGCUCACGCACCUGCGGCACAGGUGUGAAGUUCAGGACCCGCCAGUGUGACAACCCACCCCCAGCCAAUGGUGGCCGCACCUGCUCAGGCCUUGCCUACGACUUCCAGCUCUACAACCCUCAGGACUGCCCAGACACCCUGGCCGACUUCCGCGAGGAACAAUGCCGACAGUGGGACCUGUACUUUGAGCAUGGUGAUGGCCAGCACCAGUGGCUACCCCACGAGCACCGGGAUGCCAAGGAACGUUGUCACCUCUACUGCGAGUCCAAGGAGACCGGGGAGGUGGUGUCCAUGAAGCGCAUGGUGCACGACGGCACACGCUGCUCCUACAAGGACGCCUUCAGCCUUUGUGUGCGCGGGGACUGCAGGAAGGUGGGCUGUGAUGGGGUGAUCGGCUCCAGCAAGCAGGAGGACAAGUGUGGUGUGUGCAGAGGAGACAACACCCGGUGCAAGGUGGUUAAGGGCACGUUCACACGCUCCCCCAAGAGGCACGGCUACAUCAAGAUGUUUGAGAUCCCUGCGGGAGCCAGGCACCUGCUCAUCCAGGAGGCAGACGCCACCAGCCACCACCUGGCCCUCUGAGAGCCGCUGGCUGAAGUGUCUGCACAAGGACUCCCCGGAACUGGAGCUGGGAGGAGGAAUGUGUUUCCAUGGACAGUCCUCAUCUGACAUGGAGGAGUCAGACCCUCCCUUCAGUCAGGAGCUGCCCAGAAAAAGGAAAUGGAGCCCGAGUCGGCCCAGCUGUUGCACAAACGUGACAUCCCAGACUUGGGCACUCCCAGGGGCACCUGGCCACCCCAGAAGGACUCUCCUGGCCUGAACAUGAAGGUGAAGGAAGAUGGCAAUC